AUGACUUCCGGUACACGCCAGGAAUCUUCCCGAGCUGCACUCCCGCCUAAUAAACCUCCUUCGCCCCAGAGACUCAUUACAGUCCGCUCCACCUGCUGCCGGUUCAACGAGAAGGGUUGCAAGUGUCCCUCAUCUUCAAAGAACGGGCUCGCGUGCUUCAAUAUGACGGAUUGUGGCCCGGCUUCGCCUGACGUCUUGAUAGCUCGGAGAGUAGCGUUGAUGGAUCCGUGGGGUACACGCUCUGCUUCCCAGCGGGUGUCUUUGUAG